UUUACUAAGUAUCUCAGUCAGGCUUUUAUCUGAUCCUUCCACUCUUCCUCCCUUGCCCACCCCUUUUGUAAAUGUCAACCACUUCCUGAUGAGCCUGGUAGUGGUGAAUUUCACACCUUUCUUUUCUUUGUGAAGAAAGCUGGGUGUUAAUGGUAGAGGAUUGGGUACCAUUGUAUGUCUGUAGUUGUCUGUUAGUAAAACUGGGGGAUGCCUGUGGAAAAAAAGUAGGAGAAGGUGAAGAAAUUUGAGAAGCCAGACUAACAUACAGGUUAAAAUUGGCUUUACUUUAAAAGUGAAUGUUUUAUUAGCAACUUUUAAAUGUGUAUUCUAAAAAUAGUGAUUUUAAGGAAGCGUAAUAUUGAGAGUCUAAAGAAGUCUGGUAAAGAAGGGAACUGCAUUAGAGAGCUGAUUGUUUAAAAAAAGGUAAAAGAGCAACAAUCAGAAAGAAAAACUGAAGACUCCUUCUCUGACCUUUUCUUCUACAGGUGUAUUUGCACGAUCCCGCAAUGGAAACUUGGUCAGUUGAUCAGGUCUGCAGUUGGUUGGUGGAAAAAAAUUUAGGAGAGCUAGUGCAUAGGUUUCAAGAGGAAGAAGUAAGUGGGGCCGCUCUUCUAGCACUUAACGAUCGGAUGGUUCAGCAAUUGGCAAAGAAAAUUGGGCACCAGGCUGUUCUGAUGGAUCUAAUUAAAAAAUACAAGCAGAACAGUCAAGCACUGCAGUCCCCUGGAAGUCCUAGACAGACAGCCCUGAUAAGGCAAACAGAAGCAGCCCCAGAGAAUGAACAGUCCUCCAGUCCAGCCAGUUGUGGGGAGCAGAUGCCAUCUUUCUGUCCAGCAGAAAACCUUGAUAAUGAACCGAUUGACCAAAGAGUACUGAAACAGAGAAGGACUAUGAAGUAUGUUCUAGCAAGGAAUAAAGCAUUACAGUGGACUAAGCCCUAUGUUUUACCAGAGUUUCCCUAUGAUGUCAAAUGCAUGUUGGCAGAGCAGAAGUGUCCUGAUCAUAGCAUGAGGAUAAGGAUGAUUGAGUUUCUCCAGGCAGACAUGACUAAGUAUCUGGAAGGGUCACUGUAUCCCAGUACCCAGCAGUACAACAACGUGGUCAACGCCCUACUGCAGGCCCACCCUUUCCUGGACGAAGAUGGCUGUGGCUUUUUUUUAUGGAAACGAGCCCUCAAAGAUCGAUUUAAAUAUGUUCGAAGACCCAUAGAAGAUGAUGAACAAGUGAUGAGAAAUAAGUGUAAAUUUGGACACCGAAGAGGCCAGAAACGGAAAUCUCUUGCUGAUCUGAAAUGUGAUGAAAUUCAUAGUGUCCAGAUGAAAAAAGAAGCUGUUUGUUUAGAUUCUGAGGUAAAUGAACAUAUUAACUGGUUCCAGCAAGAAUAUGUAAAAACAGAAAAGGACUGGAGAGAAAUUGACAACAGGAUGACCCAAACUUUGGAAUUAAGAAGAAAGUUGAUUGACAGCAGAACACCUCUGAAGGACAUUCUUAAAAUGUUUCCCUUCUUAAAGUGCCCCCAUCAGAUUUUCAGAGAAUUCCAACUUCUUACAAGAACAGAUAUUUAUAAGAAAACACAGCACAUUUUGGAAUCCUAUUCAGAAAAUAUACUGACUUCUUUUAUAGUGGCGGAUAAUCCAAUCAAUAUUGCCUUGCAAGAAAAAAUGAAACAGUACACAGAUGAAGACAUGUUGAAACAGAUGAAGAUGACAGCUACAUGUUUACUCCUACCAGAUGUUUUUGGGGAUGACCCCAGCCUUUUUGUUGUUGUGAAUGAGAAGGUGCAGGUGUCAACGCCCGUGUUAGAAGUUAAAAACCCUUUCAACAUCAAUGACUGUGAAUUUUCUUUGUAUUUAGAAAAAGAGAGGCUCACAAAGGUGGAUGACUGUGUCAUGGCUUUGGCUGCGCUCAUUGCUGCCUUUCAUGUAUUUGGGAUUAAGUGUCCACAAAGACUGCGCCAAACCCUCAAAUUCCUAAAGACAUUGAUUUUUGAUAUGCAUCACCCCUAUUUUCCCCCUAUAACAGGAAAGAAAGGAAGAUUUCAACACUCAGCCAUUUAAUAGUGUCCAAAAUGUUCUAUCAGAAUUAUCUCUGGGACCACUGAAACUUUAUAAAAAUUUGCUUUGAUUUAGGGUGGUGGAUGCAGAUUAGAAAAUCACCUUGAAGCAAAGAUGUUAAGGAAUUCCAAUGCCUUCGAUCAUUACAUUUAGAUAAAGUUCUUUGUGAAAUUCUCUAAUAAAAUACUGCUUAAUUACAGAACCAUUUAUUUAUUUCGAGUUCCAAGAAUUCCAUGGUCAAAGUUAUACUUUCAAGGGUGCAUUAGUUUUUAAAAAACAUUACAUUUCAGAUUUACUCAAAUCCUUUGGAUUAUGAUAUCACCAGAUAGAUUUAAUGCCAAGGAAUGGCAGACUUGGGGCCUGUGGGCUGCCUCUUUGAUUUAAACAUUGCUUGGAAAUGUUUUGAACUUGACCAUUUUGAGAAGGGGUGCAUACUCUGAUUCUCCUUUCCUCCAUAAGACCUGGUUGGCUCCAGGUGUUUUAGAUUCAGUCAAUCACACUUAUUCAGAGCAAGGGCUGCUUCGUUCUUGAGGUCUCCUUAUUGCUAGCUGAUCUUGCUGGCACAUUUUCUGACCAUCUGAAACUCAGCAAUUGCCUGGUACUUUGUCUCCCCGUGUGGUUUCUGGUGUCCCCUUGUCUUGACUUUCAGGGCUUAUGUCUGCACAUGUGCCAUUGGUGCUUGAGCAGGUGAGCAUGUUUUGGUUUGGAAUACUGACCUAGCUCUUCCAGAGCCAUUUGGGCACCAGCUUAAAGUGCUUCGCUUAGGCCCCUUCCUAGACCUGCUCUUUUAUCUCUCUCAGCAGUCCCAGUCCUGGAGCCCCCAUCCCGUCUGCACAAAUUGUUGCUGCCCUGAGUAUCACAUUCUGAUUUCAUUUUGUUCUUAACGAUGGCUGCACAAGUACUUUUGGGGCCUAACAAGACUCAGUGUUCUGUCACUCUUUUGCAAGGAUUUCACAAGGAAAAACCACAUAUUUAAGGUGCCUUUGAAGCCAUCAUCAAAGCAUAAAUCCUACUUCUCAGUUUUGAAAGCUAGCACAAGUCAGUUUGGGGACCAAAGAGAGAUUUAAGUCUGUGAAUAAUACCUGCAUCACAUUGCAAGAAGCAUUUCCUAGGUUAUUUUAUUUCAUCACCUUAAAUUAAAAAAAUGUUUGUAAGAAGAAAGGUAUUCAUGUAAAUCAUUAAAGAAAUAUUUUUACAACAUACAUCUUUGGAGAUAGUACAAAUUACUGUACCACUGAGAUAACUAGUCUGCUGGAUAACAACUUUUCUUUUUUUAAGGACUGCUCAGUCAUUAAAAUGUUUAAGUUGGGGAGAUAAAAUGAAAGAUCCGUUGCCAAUCUGAAUAAUGAUUAUUCAUGAACUGCUUACAGCAGAUUGGACAGAGUAACCACUUGGCACUUGUCACUUUCGCAUAAACUAGUCCUUAUCCCACACUUUUACUGGAUUGUUCCUUAUAAACUUUUAUUUUCUCAAAUCGCCUCCCCCACUUUUUAAAUUUCACAAUCUUAGUCCUUUUUGCUGAGGUGAAUUUUCAGCGUUCUUCAAGAUUACUUUCCUUACAAAGUACACAGUCUCCACGGCUGACAUCGAAUGAAAGUGCCUCUUUGGAGCACAGUGAUGGAAGGAGGUCUGCAGGGGAACUACAGUGAAGUGUGGCUUCAAGCAUGACAAAGACAUGAGCUAACCAUGACGGCAGAUCCGUGAACACUGUCUCCUUCAACAGUGGAUCUAUCCUCAGUGCCCACCAUAGCCCUGCCACUUGGUAAAAUUAACAUUGCUUGACUAAUACAAACCUUUUUUCUUUGCAGGUUGAGUUCACAGAAUCUAGAAAUUUCAAAAUGGCAGCCUACAGACACAUUUCAACCUCCAGACAGGUCUCAUCUGGCUUGCACAAUGUUUGUAAUUUUUUCAGUGCCUUUAGAUGGGAUUUUGGGUUA